ACGAAUUUCGCCCCAAAUCGUAUUCGGAGUUGGCAGCACCCUCUCAGAUUACAAUGAAACUUUCUGGGUAUGUACACCAAGACUAGAUAAGCCACUUUGCAUACUUAGUUUCUUCAAAAUUUAUCUGGACUGACUUUUGAAAAGGGCUAAACUUUUUUUUAUGGAUUUUUUAAAAAUGUUUUUAAUCAAAAAAUGACUACUCCUACAAAAAAGUGUUGUAUGGGUGAUUAUCACAAAAUAAGUCAAAUUUUAAGAAAAAAAUACUGAAAAAAAUCCAAAAUGAGCCCUACACUGAAAAAAAUCAUUUCUAAAAAUUCAAAGUUGAUUUAAAAAAAAACACCAUUUUUGAUUUUGAUGAAAUUUUGUCUCAAGACAGGUAAUUAUGUUCCCUACCAACCGUCCAUACAUCACAAGAUAGGCACUUUUAAGGAAAAAAAAGUUUUUCUAACAAAAACUUUUUCAUGUCCAAAUUAUUAUUUUUUCAGUGUCUUUUUUUAAAAACAAACUAAACCAGUGAAGGUUAUCUAGUAAUCUCAAAAUGCAAUGAAAUGCACCCAUAUUCACGCAGCAGCACUCUAGAAGUACGAAACAAUAUACAAUUAGAACACGCAUUUCAUACGUGCUGCUGUAAUUUCUACCCAAACGUUUCUACCCCAUGUUCUUACCUAAUAUUAGGUAAGGCUAUUUAUUAGAUUCGAACUACCUAAUCGAAAAAAAAAACAAAUCAAGAGUUGUACCUAAAGCAAAUAUGAACAAAACAAGAAAAUUAAUCGGUAUCAUUCAACGUGUUACUUCUCUUUGGUUAUUAAAGGCAGUUCUGAAAAGUAAUGGAUCAAUCGUAUAAAUCAAAAUUCAACAAAUUCAAGUGCAGUGCAAAAAUAAACAAUCCAAAGUGCAACCGUCAUAAUCUACGGGGCAUGUCAUUAAGAUUGAUAGAUAAAAUUCAUUCCAUGGGAUAUACACAUGAAAUCGACGAAUCGAUGAGUAUUUGUGAGUCAUGUCGUGGAUUGAUAAGUCACAACAGAAGCCCGAAUACGAAAAAACGCCGAUCGGAUGGAAACGACGAAACUAUGCAACCAUCAUUUAGUGGGUAGCAACAUCAUGAUGUUCCAGAACCAGAACCGUCAACGAGUGGUCAACAAAUCGAACAUGAGCUGGAUAUGGUACCAUCUAUUCCAUCAUUGGAGUCAAUUCCGUCAACAGAUCAACUACAGGGUCCCCAUAAUAUUGAGAAGUUUAAUACCAUUGCUGAAACAUUGAGUUUAUCGCCAAUCUCAUCUAGAAACAUGAGAAGUAUGGAAUAUCGCAUAAACAAAUCAUUGCAGAUUACGAAAGCAGUUCGAAAAAAUAUCUUCGGAAUAGAUUCAACGGAUGUUGGCAAAGUGAAGGCGUAUGACGAAAUAAUUAUGCAGUUAAAGGAUAAGUUCUAUCACCCUACAACUGACAGAAGCGAACAGAUUAAAAUACUAUCUGUACUUCCUAAGUCUUGGUCGGUAAAUAAAAUCACAAGAGAGUUUAACGUACCAAUGUAUAUGGCGUGGCAGGUGAAGGAUCUUGUUUAUGAACAGGGUAUUCUUUGUACCACCGAAAAAAGAAGGGGGCAUGGUAUUGAUGACGAUACAAAACAAAUAGUAAGAGAAUUUUUUGAUGAUAAUGAUAUCAGCAGGCCAAUGCCAGGAACAAAUGAUUUUGUUUCUGAGGUUCGAAAUGGAAAAAAACAACAAGUUCAAAAACGACUUUUGAUGAUGUCGCUCAAAGAGGCUUAUAUGAUUUUUGUAGAUAUGUACAAAACUGUGAAUAUUGGUUUCACAGUAUUUACACAGUUGCGACCAAAGCAUUGUAUUUUACUUGAUUCUACUGGUAUACAUAAUGUAUGCAUAUGUACUAUUCAUGAAAAUGUAAAUUUAAUGUUCAACAGUAUAAGAAUUGUGUCACAAGAUGCAAUAAUACAAAAAAUGCUUUGCGAUAUUUCCACCAGAACAGAUAAUUGCUUUUUCCGUGCUUGUGAAAAGUGUGCUUGUAAUGAACACAUUGAAGAGGAACUUACAUUGAUAUUAGAAUCAAAUGACAAAGAAGAGAUUAUAUUUCAGCAGUGGUUGAAUACUGAUCGCUGUAAUUUAGAAACGAUUAUUAAACCUGUUGAUGAAUUUGUUCCGUAUCUUGUUGAUAAAAUUGACAAACUUAUAACACACGACUUUAUUCAUAAACAACAAUCAUCUUUUCUCAGAAAUAAAAAAGAUACAUUAAAGGAUGAUGAAAUUCUUGCGAUUUGUGAUUUCUCUGAAAACUAUUCAUUCAUAAUUCAAAACGCUGCUCAAGGAUAUCAUUGGAACAACUCGCAAGCAACAAUACACCCAUUUGAAAUUUACUAUAUGAAAGAUAAUAAACUUGUAAAUGUUAGCUUCAUUAUCAUAUCGGAAGUAAUGGCUCACGAUACAGUUGCGGUCCAGUUGUUCAUCUCAAAAAUGAUAGAUUUUAUGAAACAAUUAACGAACUUUUCUAAAAUUUAUUUUAUGUCUGAUGGGGCAGCAUCACAAUACAAAAAUAAGAAGAACUUUGCUAGUCUAUGUAGAUUCCAGUCAAAGCAUGCAUUAAGAGCAGAAUGGCAUUUUUUUGCAACGUCCCACGGUAAAGGUCCAUGUGAUGCUAUUGGUGGCACUCUCAAGCGAAUGGCAAAGAGAGCAAGUCUUGCUCGAGAUUAUGGAAAUACCAUAACAACUCCACGAGAGUUAUAUAACUGGGCAGUUGUACAGACAGAUAAAAAUAUAACUAAAUUAAAUUUCUGUUACGUAUCCACUGAACAGUACAUUAAAAUGUCAGAAGAUCUCGAAGAAAUAUAUAAUAACGCCAAAACAAUACCAGGCACUCAGAAAUUCCAUAGUUUUUUGCCUAUUCCUGGCGACAAAGUAAAGGCAAACAGGUAUUCUAAUUCAGAAGAUGAACCAAAAAUAUUUAGUAUGAUCGGAAAAAAUUGAAAAGAACAUGUUUGAAAUUGGCUCUAAGACACAUAUAUAUAUAUUUGAAAAAUUCAUAAUUAUAAAUAAUUGUAUAUUUAAAAGUGCACUUCAAUACAUAUUGCGAUCAAACAUUACAUUUCCUAAGAAAAUACAUUUGUAAUAUUUUGAAGUUUUUUAUGUAUAGGAAAACCCUUCCAAAUGAUUGAAUAAAUAACACAAAAUCUCCUAGAAAAUUGAGUUUCAUUGGAUUCUGGGAUUGUUAUGGCCUUCACUGGUUUUAUUGUUGAUAACAAAAUAAACUGAAAAAAAAAAUCAUUCGAACAAGAAAAAGUUUUUGUUAGAAAAACUUGUUUUCCUUAAAAGUGCCUAUCUUGUGAUGUAUGGACGGUUGGUAGGGAACAUAAUUACCUGUCUUGAGACAAAAUUUCAUCAAAAUAAAAAAUGGUGUUUUUUUUUUAAAUCAACUUUGAAUUUUUAGAAAUGAUUUUUUUCAGUGUAGGGCUCAUUUUGGAUUUUUUUCAGUAUUUUUUUCUUAAAAUUUGACUUAUUUUGUGAUAAUCACCCAUACAACACUUUUUUGUAGGAGUAGUCAUUUUUUGAUUAAAAACAUUUUUAAAAAAUCCAUAAAAAAAGUUUAGCCCUUUUCAAAAGUCAGUCGAGAAAAAAAAUAGAAAAAUGAGUAUGCAAAGUGGCUUAUCUGGGCAAGGUCUACACACCAAGAAAGUUUCGUUGUAAUCUGAGAGGGUGCUGCCAACAUUUGUUCGAGUUGGCGCGAAAUCCGUCUCGGACGUCUUGA